UGAUAAUGGAGCGUUUUGGGAAGAUGCGGUUGAGAAAGCGAUUAAAAAAGUAAAAAAUCCAAACGCGCUUCUAGAUUUCCGUUCUCUCUUGAAAAAAUACCCUACAAGCUUAUUUAAGAAAGCAUCCGAUAAUUUGAACGCCCUAAAAAUGAUGCUAGUAGAGCAACUCAAGGAAGAAGCUUGGAAAUCUACGUUGUUCAUUAACAUGGCGCUUGAAAAGUUUGCGGAGUGCAAUUCGAUCGUUAAAUCACAACAGGAGGUUGAAUGCUCAUAUGUACAUAAUUUCCUCAAAUGUUUUACAAACGGUUCCACAUCCUUGGAAAAAUUCUGGAACAGAGAUUUACACCACUUAUUUGAUUCAAGAGAAUUUGCUAUGACAAUAUCAAAAUUUUAUCUUGAUACUUUGACGACGUUGGAUUCUGAUAAUGGAACGCCAUUGAUUGUGUCGGAUUUAAUAAAAAAUAAGGACGUGAGGCUCCAGCAAUAUAUCGAAUAUGUUGAUUCCCAAUCAUUCUCAGAGGAGUUCAUUAGCUCAAAUUGCACCUUUAACCUGUUGAGACCAAAAAAUAUGACUUUGAAUGACAGUUGUUUGGCAAAAGAAAAAUAUUUUGAGCCUAUUGCAGGAUACGAUGACAUCUUAAAGAUUAAAAAUUUGAAAAUGAUGGAGGCAUACCCUGUGAUGGCUGCUGCUGCAAUUUGUCAUGAAGCGAAUGGAAGUUUGAUCACGACUGCUGACUUUAGAAAUAUAUCCAUCCUCAUAAACAUCACGUCGAAUGUCUACAAACUUUAUUUACGGGCAACCCUCGGCACGGUUUCUCUUGCAGGUUCUAUCGAUCCCAAUAUUCUUGUGGACGAAAUUUAUGAAGACUCUAAAGGAGUGUUUCGUUGGUGCAGUACCUCGGCUGAGGUUCCAAAACAUUUUGUUGGCUUCCACCACGCCUUUGUUUACACGUACGAUAUUUCUAAAUUGAAAUAUGACUCUAGGCCUGUAAGCCCUAGUUUGGGUCAGUCGUCAUUCAUUACAUUUUUUUGCAAGUUUGAAAAAUCUUUUUUGGCACUAUGCAAAACGAUUGCGUAAAUUUGACGUUGAAGAACUCUACAUUUGCAUUGAAUUCAGCUCCAAAUACACCUUGUUUGUCAGUUUUAAGCAUAAACAUUAAUUUUUGGCAGUGUUUUCUGUAUUGCAAAAUAAAGGUGAGAACUGAUAUGACACAUUCUUGCUUCAACAAAAACAAUUAUGCUAUCUGUAGUUGAAGGAAGAACUAAAACUUUGUCACGGAGUAAGGUUUUUCUCUUGGAAUUUAACAUAAUUAUUGUAUACUCUUAAUUUUUAAAUAAAUUUAAAGCAGUGGUAUACGCGUUGUAACAACAAGAUACAUGCACUAGCUGUUUAUUAGUUAAUUCAACGUUUUGUUGACGAUUUUGUUAAUGUGCACGACCAUGAUUUUGAUUUCUGAAGCUUUUAUUGUGAAA